AAGACUUGAUCAGAUUAGCUGGUUCAGAUGGCUACUGCUCUGGAAGAGUUGAAAUAUAUCACAGCGGUGCCUGGGGAACAGUCUGUGAUGAUGGCUGGGGAAAAACUCAAGCACAAAUAGUUUGUAGACAGUUAGGCUGUGGUGAAUCCCAAAACAUUCCUCCACCAAGCUACUUUGGUGAGGGCACUGGACCGAUCUGGCUUGAUAAUGUGCAAUGUCGAGGAAAUGAAAAUGCUCUUUCCACAUGUUCACACCGAGGAUAUGGAGUACAUGACUGUGGACACCAUGAGGAUGCUGGUGUCAUUUGUUCUUAUAAUACAAUCUUGCCAUAUGGGGCAUGCAGUGGAUAUGUUCAAAUACACUAUGAUGGUGCCUGGAGACGAGUCAGUGAAAAUGGCUUUAAUAUGAAUGCUGCUAAUGUGGCCUGCAGGCACAUGGGCUGUGGUCCACCAUCUUCAUACCAUAAAUACUAUCCCUACAGUUCUAAUAAUUUACGAAUUAGCUGUUCAGGAAAAGAAAGUUCUUUAACAGAAUGUCAGCAUGGUCAUGUUACGCAAUAUCAAUAUGGACGCCGAGCUUAUGUUUCAUGUGCAGGUCAUCCAGUCAGAUUAGUGGGACCUUCUCGGUGCUCUGGAAGAAUUGAAGUCUUUUACAGUGGCGCAUGGGGAACCGUGUCUGAUAAUGGCUGGGACAUGAAUGAUGCUCAGGUGGUCUGCAGACAGCUGGGCUGUGGUAUAGCCAUUGCUGCCCCUCAUUCUGCCUACUUUGGAAAAGGAAGUGACAAAAUCUGGGUUGAUAAUGUUACCUGUACAGGGAGUGAAACGUACCUGACCCAGUGCUCAUUAAGUGGAUUUCAAUCACACAACCUUAGUCACAGUCAGGUUGCAAGUGUCAUCUGUUCGGGCCUAAUAAAGCCAACCAUCACCAUAAAUCCUCAAAGUGACAUCACCCUGGGUCAGAAUAUCAGCAUCACUUGUUUGGUCCCUAACGUACAAGUUGGAGGAACAUUCAUCUUUAAAUGGACCUCAUCUAGUCUGACUGUUGAGUCAAACAGCAGCUCUGCUACUUUUUAUAUCCCUCAAAUUGGUUUUGAGCAUGAAGGAUCACAUCAAUGUCAGUUUCGAAUAAGGGUUUCUAAUGAAGACUUCAUCACAGAGUUCAGCAAUAUGAUCAGAUUAGCUGGAACCAAUGAGUUGUGUUCUGGAAGAGUUGAAAUAUACCACAAUGGUGUCUGGGGAACAGUCUGUGAUGAUGGCUGGGACCUAAUUGAUGCUGAGGUGGCCUGCAGACAGCUAGGCUGUGGUCCUGCUUUGGGGGCUCCUCAGUCUGCCCACUUUGGCCAAGGGACUGGACAAAUCUGGCUGGACAAUCUGGCAUGCUCGGGAAGGACAUAUACAGAUUCAAUCAGAUUAGCUGGAUCCAAUGAGUUGUGUUCUGGGAGAGUUGAAAUAUACCACAAUGGUGUCUGGGGAACAGUCUGUGAUGAUGGCUGGGACCUAAUUGAUGCUGAGGUGGCCUGCAGACAGCUAGGCUGUGGUCCUGCUUUGGGGGCUCCUCAGUCUGCCCACUUUGGCCAAGGAACUGGACAAAUCUGGCUGGACGAUCUGGCAUGCUCAGGAAAUGAACCUUCUCUAGCCUUUUGUGGACACGGUGGAUUUGGGAUCGAAAACUGUGGACACCACCAAGAUGCUAGUGUCAUCUGUUCAAAAUACGCUUACACCGGCACAGCGGUCGAGACUCCGGCAGAUACCCCAGCAUGUAUUGGAAUCGCUUACAGCGCAGGUCUUGCGUUAAUACAAGAGGUGUGUUCGAUUUCAGAGGCUGCAUCCGCCAAGGACCCAGUCUAUCUGGACUGGAUCCUUCAAGGUCCAUCCAUUUGUGGGCACAAUGGAUUUGGGAUCGAAAACUGUGGACACCAAGAAGAUGCUAGUGUCAUCUGUUCAACUGCCGACUUUGGCCAAGGAACUGGACAAAUCUGGCUGGACGAUCUGGUAUGCUCGGGAAAUGAACCUUCUCUAGCCAUUUGUGGACACAGUGGAUUUGGGAUCGAAAACUGUGGACACCACGAAGAUGCUAGUGUCAUCUGUUCAAAUCCCCAAAUUAGAUUGGCUGGUUCAGGUGCAUCAUGCACUGGAAGACUUGAAGUGUACUAUAAUAACUCCUGGGGAACAGUCUGCAGUGAUGUUUGGGACCUGAAUGACACUCAAGUUGCAUGCAGACAUGUAGGCUGUGGUUCAGCAACAUCUACCAAAACAUCUUCUAAAUUUGGUCGAGGUACCGGACUCAUCUGGCCUAAAGAAGUCAAAUGUUUUGGAAAUGAAACUUAUAUAAGUGAAUGUCAGCGCAAUGCUUUUGAAUCACACAACUGUGGACACAAUAUGGAUGUUCAUGUAUUUUGUUUAGGUUACCCAGUUCGAUUGGCUGGGUCUUCUCGAUGCUCUGGACGAGUGGAAAUCUUUUACAACUAUACAUGGGGUACAGUAUGUGAUGACAGCUGGGACAUGGAUGAUGCCCAGGUUGUCUGCAGCCAGUUGGGUUGUGGUACAGCACUUGCUGCCCCUCAAACAGCAUACUUUGGACAAGGAACGGGUAAAAUUUGGCUGGAUGAUUUGGCAUGUACAGGCAGCGAAAGACAUCUAUCUGAAUGCUCACACAGAGGAUUUGGAAAUCACAACUGUAAUCACAAUGCAGAUUCUAGUGUGAUCUGCUUGGGUGGCAGCAUCAGGUUAGGUGGGCCAGCUCGGUGCUCUGGAAGAGUUGAAAUCUACAACAAUGGGACCUGGGGAACAGUGUGCAAUGAUAACUGGGACAUGAAUGAUGCUAGAGUUGUCUGCAGACAGCUGGGCUGUGGAACACCAGUGAGUCUCCGUCAGUUUGCACAAACAACAGGACAAAAUCGGCUUGGCGAGGUGUCUUGUAUAGGCAGGGAAAGAUAUCUCAGUGAGUGCUCCCACAGUGGAUUUGGGACACAUAAUUGUGUUCAUAGCCAGGAUGCUGGAGUCGUUUGUUCUGAUCAAAUUCAGCCCAGAGUCACCAUGAAGCCUCCUGGUGAUAUAACAUGGGGUCACAGUGUCAGCAUUGGAUGUUCAGUCACUGACACACAAGUAGAAGGGACUUUCAUCUUUACAAGGUCACCUGGUUCGUUCAGUAAGAGUGUAGAGACUAGCAACAGCUCAGCAACUUUCUACAUCUCCCAGGGUCAGGGGGUGGACUGGGUGUUCUGGGGCCUUAAGUUUAGUGUCUAG